GUUUGGCGGCGCUGCUGUCGCAGAAAAAUCACCAAAGCGUCAAACAAGCCCCCUUGGUAUUUUUUGAUUGUUUGACGUUUUUGGGGGGGUUGUAGCGUCCCCCCAAAGUCAGGUGUACAAAUGUGUGCUAAACAAUUAAAUUAAGUGAUCGUUACCACGUUAAACUUUCGUAAUGGCAAGUGUUAUUUCCCUCUCGAGUGCAUCGUUGAACGCUUCCCCCAAAAACACCGAUUCUCCUGUGACUGUUCUAACCCUAAGUUCGGAAAUACACCGAGUUCCCGUGAGUUGGGACGGCCACAAAGGUGCCAAAAGGACGUCCAAGGUCUUGGACUCUGAUAACACCCCCAAUCAUUACGAAAAAGUCAAAGAAUGGAUAGAUACGACCAAGUACGAUGAUCUGGGGCCCCCUAAUGAGAAUAAAAGCGUUUGUAUCCGCUAUGAUUUCGAUAAAAGCGAGAAAAUCACAAUAAAUGUGCCGAAAUCAUGUUUUACGCGAGUCACUCCCUUGUUUUCUUAUAUGGAACAGGCCAAAAAAGCGGCUCUGAGUGACGAGAAAAAAAGCCAGGAAUGUACAGCAAAAGUCAAUGGAAAUUUAAACUUUGAAACUCCCCUAAGCCCAGAAAGCCAGAAAAAGGAACUUUGCAGUUACUUACAGCUAAUGAAACCUGGCGAAAAGAAACAGAAGAAACUGUUAUUCGGAAACAGACGAUCGAAGCGAGUCAAGAAUUUAGUCCAAAACCACCAAAAAACGUGUUCAGAAAACGACAUAAACACCUUCCCCACCCUCAAAUCAUUCGAAGAUUUGAACAUUUUUGAGUCGAAGAAGAAAAAAGAAACGCCCAAUAAAUAUUUACCAUUGCCCCCAAAGUCAAAAUUUAGCGAAUUUGUUGAUUUUGAGGACUCGGUUCGUAAGAUUGUCGAAAGUGUCAAGUUGAGGAGUAAAGUGACAAAGCGCCGAAAAUUUAAUUGGGGGCUCAAAUCGCAUCAGUUUAAUUUCAAACGAAUUAAUUCACUACGUAGCAAAGGUCGGCUCAGGUUCAUUUCUUUGGAUCGGCUCAUUUUGCGUAAAAGUCGGAAACGGCGGAAAAAAUUUCUCAAGAAAGAUUCACCACAAAAAAAUGCAUGUCCCCACUGUGAUUCGGUGGAGAAACAACAACGUUGCGAAAUCGUCUCGGUUCAUACGAAUUCGGAUGAUGAAAAUAUCGAUUUGAAAAAUUUCGUUGACGAUAUGUUAGAGUUGGAUAAAAUGAGUGAAGAGCACAGGAAAAGUGUGAUCGAGACACGAAUCUUGGCUUCCAGUUCGAUUACCAACCUUAUAAACAAACAAAUGGCACAAGAAGCCGAUGUCCAGAAGGCCUACAAAAUUUUUGCCGACUUGUCCGAAAAGAAAACCACAGAAGAGAAGGAAAAUAAAGAUCUAGUCACUGAUUUUGUUCUCAUUGAACAUGAUUAUGCAAAAAUUGGCGAAUUACCAAGUCAGGUGGAAGAAAUUAACGAACUAACUCACGAAGAAUCGGUCAAAAUUAGCGAACCAUCAACUGAAGAAGAUCAAGAAUCGGCCAAAAUUAACGAAUUAUCAACGGAGGAAGAAGAUGAAGAGUCGGUGCAAAACAGUCUUAGCCCUGUCCCUAUUCCGGACCUGGAAGUGCUCCCUGUUAACACAGACAUUGAGAUCAAAUCACUGCAUCGAAGUCUCACACGGACGAACCGCCGAAAGUUGUUUUUAAAUAAUUACGGACUUCAUAACUGGAAUUCCGGCUCACAUUCGGAUAAUCGAAAACUGAACCAUUCAAUUUCAAUAACGAAAGAAGACGGUGCUGUUUUAAGAGGUUUUUACCAAGAUUUUAAUCUGGUCAUUGUCCAGGAGAAGUCGGUUUCGUUUUGGACGCAGAGUGCGUUGGGGAAUGUCCUGGGGGCACAAAAUAUGUGGAUCCCCAAAGGACAAAUCCAGAGGAUUCCCCUGAAUAGCACCUAUGUACAAAAAGAUGCCAAUGAAAUGGUCAUUUCGACUGAGACCAGUGUGGCAUACGUUGAAUUAUGGACCAAAGAACACAAGUCAGAUGUGAGGGAAGUACCGGUUGCUGAUGUUUUCGCGACGGUUUAUUUCUGGCGCUUGCGGCAGAGCGGGUUGGAGAAGAAGGCGUUGCAAUUGGAGAAUAUUAAAGGAUGCGCUGAGGAUGUGCGAUAUUGCGUCCUGCGGUGUUACCCUCGCAUUAUCGUUUGUUGGCAAUUGGUCCAAGGCAACGAAAAACGUACAAAAAUCCAUUCUUUCCAUUUAGCGGCCGAUUUUCAGACCGUUGCCAACAUUAGCGAAAUACAACCGGUUGAACAUUACGUAUCGUCGUUACACAACAUUGAUGAUUGUGACAGUUUAAUCAUGGGUUGUGGCGAAAGUAAAAUCACUUUGUGGAAUAUCGAAUAUGGUUACAUCGUUUCCAGUAUUGAAUUGUCGAAUAUCAAAUCGCCUUUGGCCACACAUUGGGUCAAGUGUGAUAGGGGUUUUCUGUUCAUGAUCCAAGAGUGCGCUGAUUAUGAGUUGCGUUUGAUUGCAAUAAAUGGGAUGAAUCAUUCGUGGAAAAAGCUCCAGAAUUUCGAUCCACCAACUGGAUUUGAAGGAUUGAAAGGAGUUUGCGUUGAAAAUGGCAUAGUGAUAGCCUACUAUUCGCAAGGUAUUUUGUGCUGGAAUGCACAAAGUGGCGAACCAAUAGUCGAGGAAGUACCAAAUGAAUGUGAAUAUAUUCCUUCUGGGAAACAUGUGAUAUUGCUAAUUGACGAAAAUGUCAUCGUACGGAAUUCGUUAAGCCAUCUAAUAACAGAUUUGUAAGAAUUUGUUUCCUAUUUGUUGUUUUGUUGACUGAUAUUAGGUACUCUAGAGUGUUAUUAUUAUUAUUUAUGUGAAUAUAAUUUAGUUGCAAUUGUGCAGUUUCCUGUAAAAAGAAAUUUGCUAUUUUGACGAAUAAAUAUUUUCUAUGAAAACAAA